AUGCAAAUUGAGGCAGAUGCACAGCAUCUCUACAAUUUUCGCGAUUAUAAUAAAAUAGAAGGGGUGUGUUACGUCUGUCAUGAGGUGGAUUGCUCCGUGUAUGAGGCACUAAUGGAGGAACAGCACCGUCCUACCCCACAAAGUAUUGAACUAGGUUUUCGGAGCGAUACGAGUGAGAGUUCUCCUCACCCUUCCUCCACAACCUUCUUUAACCAGUAUUUGAUUGAUGAGCUUGGUAUGGUGAAGGAUAUUAAUGUUGAUGGUCGGUCCGAUGAUGGCUCGUAA